UCCAUCAAGCCCUUUCUCACCUAAAACACUCGUGCCAUCCAUUAGCAGCCACAAUGGCCUACAACAAUGCUCAACUGCAUCCUGCUGCAGUGUUUAGCAACAAGGGGUUUAGCAGUUCUGCUGCCUAUUCUCGGUAUCUUCGCAGAUUCCGAGAGCGUCCCAACCACCCUUCCUUCUCCAUUCAGCCUUCUGGCUUCUCCAAGUAUGACAUGAAUGUAUCCUCUCUCAUUGAUGGGCUGGGCUGGGGCUCAUUGACUGAGAACAUGAGAUUCAGCUACUGUCCAGAAGCAGUACGCUUGUUUUAUGUAAAUCUUGUUCUGAGUCCCGGGUGCGAUCCUGCAUUCUUCACAACAACUGUGUUCAAUUAUGAUAUCACAGUUACUCUUGCUCUCUUAGCAAACCUUCUCAAUCUUCCUCACAAUGUCUUCGAGCACGUACAGAUAGUGAGUUUUCCUCUCGAGGUUUUCGAUUUGAUGCUGCUCUGGCUCGCUAUACGUAUGAUAUCGGGGAUUUCUAUCCUUCUCCGCUUGCGGAUGGUCGUCUGCCAGAUGACUUAAAGGUGCUUCAUUUCUUCAUCACUAGGUCUUUUCUACCUCGUGACCUGUCUAGAACUGAUCUUCUUCACUCUGUUGAUUUAUGGAUCCUAUCUAAUGCUAAAGAAGGUCGUCUAAUCAGCUAUGCCUCACUCAUGUUCUCCCACCUCAUUAAGUUUGGCCUUGAGUACUACAGUGGUCCCCUGCCUUUUAGACCCCAUAUCACCAAACUUCUGUAUAAAUUGGGCUCUAUUGC